AUGGUGAUAUAUUUCCAACAACCAUCAGACAACAAUCAGACAACAAGCAGUUCAAAGAUCAACAUGACCGCAUUCAGCUUCCUGCUGACUUUAUCCACUGCAGUGACCGUAUCCCUCGGUCAUGUAGCCGUUACGAAGACACCGAAUGAACUUCACCCGGUCCACGAACUAUACGUAAAGCCAUCUGCUGACGGUACCACCGGCGACCUCUACGUGGCGGCAACGGAAGAAAGCGGAUCCAAAUCGCAAUGGUUGACCGACCAACCAGUACACUUCUUGUCGGCUCAGCCCCAACCAGCUCUGCCUAAGAGUUACGCUGAAGAAAGUUUGAACACGAAACGUGCGGUUGUUAAUCCUUACAUGCAGUAUGCAUACGCGAUGUCUGGAGCAGGAAAACCUGAUACAGGUGCGUUGGCAACCUAUCCGUACGCACUCCCAACAUCUAGCCCAAGUCCGGCAGCUGAAACUAAAACUGAAGCAGCCACUACUGCCGCAACAGCCGUGCCCCAAUACAAUCCCUACCAAUUUUUCUAUCCCCAAAUAAUGGCAGCCUACACCAACAUGAUGAACGUUCUCAAGGAGACCGGCAUGAGUGAAGAGUCGGCGACUGCCGUUCUAAGUCAGAGCUCCUCGAUGUGGCCCCAAUCAUAUGCGUACCCGGUUCAGUAUGUAAUGGUGGAUCCUAGUAUGUGGGCACAAGCUCAAGCAUCAGCUUCAGCCACUUCUACCCCGUCUGCACCAGUUGCAGCCGAUGAAGAAUAA